UAAGUAUCACGGUAUCUUGCAAGGAAGACGGUACCUCAUCAGGUCCUCAGGCUCACGUGGCUUGGUACGGAUCGUCGACGAGUUCGCUAAUGUCCUGUGAUCAAUUAAGUCCCUUUCUCGAAUCUUUUAAGGCACGGUAUAACAAGAAAAAGCGCGGCCCGUACAAGGAAGCGAUACGGCAGGCCCAAAGCGAGGCUCAAAGUCAAAUCACGCCUAAUUCACCAACCAGCAGCGUGUUGAACGUCUGCAGUUCGCCCCGCGAAGUCAACGUCCUCUCCUAAGGGAAGUUCUCCGACAACCAUUCCUUACUAACGAGCAUCCGUCGCCGUGAUAAUUGAAGUGUUCGUGGCAAGAGAGAGAGAGAGAGAGAGAGAG